AUGUUGGCCCAACAUCAUCCAAUAAUCAUUGGAGAAGAGGGUACAAAUAUUGCAACCGAUCCUAUCACGGCUGAAUCACAAUUAAUUAAUUUGGAUCAUGAUUCCAUCGAGACAAUUCUUUCCUACUGUCCGAAUAGAGGUGCCUACGAAUUGCAAGCCUUGAAAUAUACGUGCAAAUAUUAUUAUAAUUUAUUUGAUGGUUGUUGUUACUGUUAUCAGCAUGAUCAGGAGAUGGAUGGGAAAUUAGAGAAUUCUGACGUUGGAUUAAAUAAUAUUAACACAUCAGGGAAGGAAACUAUUAGAAAUGAAAAUUUAUUGAAACGAAUUGGAAAUGUUUAUUUACCUCGAUUGUACUUUCAGAUAUUCAUUCCGAACCGAUUGAGAGUGAAUAGUAUGGUGGACAUGGAUGUGAAACCUGAAGAGAUUUUGCCUCCAUUUAUGAAGGCAAUGAGAAAGAUAUUUGGAAAGAGUAUGAAUCAAUUAUCUGAUAGUGAGUUUGAGGUUGAAGUUGAAUUGUCAGGGGCUAACAGCUCUCUAUUAUUGGACACGUUGGAGGAUAUUGUAGAUAAAACUAAGGCAGUAAAUGUGAGCGAUAUUCUUUCUAAAUCAAACGUUCCAAAAAAUGGAAAACAAUGUAAAUUAUAUCAUCUAUUUGGAAAUAACGAGAAUGAACAAGAUAUUCUGAAGAAACAUGUCACACUCCAUGAUUUAUACACUCAUUGGUGUAGUAAACAUUUUCUUGUGAAUAAGAGAGUGAAUCCAUUUAGAUUAUAUGGAAGAAUGAUUUUACACAUUCACUUUGCGACUGCAUACCCAAUUGGCUUCCACUCUCGCUUGUGCAGAGAAAGUUCUCUGUUUAUUUCGAAUAAGGUGUUUCGCCCAAGAUAUAUGAGGAAUAUUAAGAGAGAUGAAAUUGAAUUCAAGCAUGGAUCCAUCACACAUGACUACCGAAAAAUAUUUAGUAUGGAAACCAACUUUGAAAGUGGUCAAUCUUUAUAUAUAUGUAAAAUACUCUUGUACUUGUUAUUUAGGUACAAAAUCAUACCACGAAUGGAAUCUUCUAUGAUAGAUUUGAAAGAAAUAUUUGAAAAGGAAAAUCUCAGACAUAUUAAAUCAUUAACGCCAGCUGAGCAAAGAAAUUUUAUGAUUGUCAGAGAAAACAUUAUCAAAAAUUACAGAGAUAGAUUAAUUAGUGGUAGAGUGAAAUUCCCUCCCAAUACGCAACUUCUCACAGAUACUAAGGUUAAUGGAACUAUUCUUCCUCAAUUUCUAACGUUGGCAUCUGUUGAAACAAUGAAUGAUAAGCAACGAUUGGAAUUUUUAAAACAAUUCUACAAACAUAUAUACUACUCAAAACUAAAUUUAUCUGAUUCUAUCAGACAAGCUCUCUUUAACAAACAUGGAAUUGAAAUUAAGAAUAACAUAUUUGCUUCCUCUCAAAUUGACAACUCAAUAUCUAUCAACUUUGAGAGUAUAUACUUUAAGAGAGAAUCAGCUAAGGUCUCUCAUCACAAAAUCAUAUUUCCAACUUUUCCAACAAUCCUUAUCGAAAAUUUAAAAGAAGAAAUGGAUUACAAAAUGCAGCAGAUUACUAGGUGUGGAUUUUUAGAUAAGAACUAUACAAAACAUUGUUGCUUUAGUAGGGCUUGUGGUUGUUGUAAUGGAUGUGGUAUUCUUGCAUGUUGGUGUGCCACUAGUUGUUGCUGUUACAGAUCUAACCCUGAAUCAGAUAUCAUGCAUGAGACUAAAAGAAUAGGCCUUCCUAACUGGAUAGGUACUGCAUUCCAAUAUGUUUGCUGUUAUCAACAUAGAUUAUUCCCUGUACUUGAUUGUACUAAUUUGUGGAAUCAGUGUUGCACUCUAUGGAAAGGAAACAGUGAAAUUGGAUACAGAUAUUCUGAUAUGUAUGAUGAUUAA